AUGAACCUCCGCGACUACUUGUCAGAUUCUGCCGAAAUAAACGCACAAAUCAAAGACCUGGAUAGAGCAAAAAGCUGCGAACUCAAAGUGCUCGGAAUCAAGUGGAAAGCUGACGAUGACACCCUAAUCAUGGAAUGUGCAGACAAAGAACAAAUCAAAGUCACUAAAAGAUCUGUGCUCAGCCAAAUAAACGGAUUCUGUUUCGACCCACUUGGACUGCUCACUCCCUUGAUGAUACCGGCAAAGAUAUUCCUGCAGGAUGUACACAAGCAAAAACUAGGAUGGGACACAAUUCUCCCUGAAGAACAUAUCCAGAGAUGGAAAGCAAUCAAGGAAGAUAUCGCCGGAUUCAAGAAAGCCAUACCACGCACAGUGCUGAAGAAGACACCCGAGGCCAAAUAUAUGCUUUCCGUAUUCGUUGAUAGUUCCAAACGAGCUUACGCCUGCUGUCUUUAUACGACUACAUCAACGAAGAAUGGUACGAAGAACACAUCACUCUUCACGGCUAAAGCGAAAGUCGCGCCUAUCAAGAAGGAACAAACUAUCCCGAGAUUGGAACUACUGUCAAUAUUUCUCGGGCUGUCUGUAGCCGAAACAACCAUGUCAAAAUGCGGAAUAAACUUCACAGAAGUCAACCUAUUCAGCGACUCAACAAUCGCACUAUUAUGGAUAGCUAGCAGCAGAAAGCUGCCACCAAUUGUAACCACACUGGUUCAGAAAAUCAGAUUCGCCGCAGAAAGGAUCAGAGAAACAGCCAAAUUCAAUUUCUUCCACGUCCCAACGGAAGAAAAUGCAGCGGACUGCGCAACUAGAGGAAUCAACAAGCAAGACUUCACUGCUAGCAGGUGGUGGAAAGGACCAAAUUGGCUCAAUUACCCUAAUGAGGAAUGGCCAGUACGUCCCAUCAGUGACGUUAAAGACAGUGAUGCUGACGAAUGCGAAAUGCUCACUCAUCAAACUACAGAAGAUCCUAACAAAUGCGAUCCUAAUUGGCCAAUUGCUAUGAUAAGCAGCUACCCUAAAUUGAAGAGGAUAGUGGCAUACUGUCUACGUUUCAUCCGCAUGGCAAGCAAAAACACCCGCUUCAAGAUCGCAGAUGAAGAUCAAAUGGCAAGCCGCUUGCCAAAUGCAGCUGAAGUUAUCCUUGCUGAAAAGCAAAUCGUCUUGCAAGAGCAACGGAUUCACGGCACAGCUCUCGUCUCUAAAAACAAACAGUUCAAGACUGUGUACGACAACGAUGGAAUUCUACGAAAAAUAGAAGAACCACAAAUCGCAAACCAGAAGUUGGAGACGUUACUGCUUGACGAAGAUUCACAAUUGAAAAGAGGAUACUGGCCCAUGGCUGUUAUAACACAACUCGUACCAAGCAAAGAUGUAGAAAUCAGAAGCGCAAUCCUGAGAACCACAUCUGGAAGAGAGAUUCAAGACCUCUCAAUCGCAUAG